UGUCGCAGCGUGCAACUUGCCGAGUCGUAAACGAGAUUUAGUCAGUCAUCGCGUAGCCGCCGUGUGUGACAGACCCGAGACGAGUCUUACGUGGAUUUCGAGUUUAAAGAUUUAAAGCCGAUUGAAGAUUUGAGUGCAUUCCAUUAACUAACACAGAAAUAAAGUGCCGCCCGACACGCAUUACAAGUGCGAGUAGUGCUCGUAUGCACAAGUGUGUGCACGAGGAGGCAUCUAAGAAUAACAAAGAAGACAAGUGGAGGAUAAAAACAGCAACGGUUACGGUUACGGCUACGGUUACGGCUACGAAUACGGGUGUAAAGUGCCACAGCAAACAUUCAGUCAGAGAGGAAAAAGCAAACAUCGCUGAAGGUUGUGCCACACGGUGUGUGGCGGUGUGUGUGGCGGUGUGUGUGGUGUGCCCCUUGAAAUUUAUCCCGCACUGUGCAUCGCGUACGUGAGUGUCUCUGUGGAAGAAAUGUUGCAAAGAGCAAAAAGUAAUGUGCUGCAACUGAAGUGAAAUGCUAGCCGGUAAAUCCGUUAAAAGUGAAAUUCUUGCUGGGAUUAUUAGAAGCGACUGUCAAGGAGUAACAAGGAGCAGAAACAGCAGAAGCAGCAAAAGGAGCAACAGCAACAGCAUGACAAACCCCAAUUCCUUAAGACUCCGUCUACUGCUGUGGAGCAACAUUUUCGGAUUACUACUCAGCCGGAGUCAGGCUUUGCCCUUCGAGUAUUUAGAUGAGCCGAACGAUGACUUCAACUAUGACCUGGACACGGCCCAAUCCCAAGCGAAAUACGACGCGCAUCUGCUCUCCCAGCAAAUGCUCAGCGAUGCCGAGUUGCUACAGCAAACGGCAGGCACUGGCAGCGCCACCCACACGUUGAGAGCUCAGAGCUCAGGGCUUGCCACCGGCUCAGUUGAGGAUUUGGAGCCGCACAGCCGUGCCGCUGCCUGCAACAGCAAUGGCCACACGUACACACAUGGACAAAAGGUGCCGCGUGAGGAUGCCUGCGAGGUCUGCCUCUGCAUGGAUGGCGAGAUCUUCUGCUGGUGGGAGCGUUGCGAUAGGGAAAAUGCAAAUAAGGUGAAGGAAGCAACGGCCGCAGCAAGCAGCGACAAUGAGAAAGGCAAAGGAGCAGGCAAAGGAGCUGGCUUUGCUGUUGGUGUUGGCUUCGAUGGUGGAGUUGUCCCUGCUGUUGGUGACUAUUCCGAUCCAUAUCGCCACGAGAGCACCACGAGAAAGUCAACAAAAGUGCACAAAAUGGCGGGAAAAGUUGGCAAGCGGCGCAAGCAUCGCGCCAGAAAUCAAAAGAAUUUUAAUGACUAUGAAGUUUAUGAGAGCCACAAGCAGCAGCCAAAGGAUUAUAAAAAGUCUGGCAUAAAGCAGGAGGAGGAGCAGCAGCAGCAGCAGCAGCUACAAAAACAAAAGACUGGCGCUGCCAGCAACUACAAUAUAAUCAAGCAACACAAACACGAGCAGCAGCAGCAGCAGAAGUUGGCCAAGAAGCAGCUGCAACAAGAGGAGGAGCAACAGCAGCAGCAGCAGCAGCAGGAGCAACAGCAGCAGGAGGAGCCACAGAAACAGGACCAGGGGCAGCAGCAUGCCCAUAAUCUCGUGGCUUUGUCAGUUAAUCAAGCGGCAGCCAAGGAUAUGCAUUAUCCCCAGCCAGCAACAACCGACACGCCCACGCAGCAACAACCGCCGGAGCAUCCACACCACACCCAUCCACAUCGUCCGCCCACGCAUUCGUCCAGCAAGAUCUUAAAUUUUCCCGAAAACUUGCCGGCGUUACUUUAUUACGACUACAAAACGGAGGAGCAUGAACACCAUCAGCAUCAGCAUCAUCAGCAGCACUUGCUGCACGAAAAGCAACGCUUGCAACAUCAACAAGAGGCGUUGGCACGACAAAAGUCAGCAGGGGCAGGGGCAGGGACAGAGACAGAGACAACGGCAGUGGCAGGCGUUGAACUCCAUACCGACUUGGGCGUUGAUAAAAACUUUGAUGAGGCGGAAACCGACAGCGAUAUUUUGCCAGAGCCGCCAACAAAGCGACCCAAGGAGGCAGCACCACCAGCAACAGCAGACACACAAUGGACAACGAGUAGCAGCUCCAGCUCCAGCUCCAGCCCCAGUCCCACGACCAAGGCGUUGAUGACAUCCACAACGGCGACGACACCAACUACGACAGCGACGACAAGAACAAAUGGCUGGGCUACGAGCAGACUGUCUAAGGACCCAGCUGCAGCCACAAAUCCUGGUCGAAAUGCUGGCCAGGACCUGGACGAUGCAUUUCAUCGCUGGUUGACAUCGACGGAGCUGAAUGCUGACAGCACAAACACGCCGGACGAUGCCUCGGAGCAGGAAACAGCAGCAUCGACAAUAAUCGAUGAUGUUGCCAUCAGAAACAAGAGUGACAGCGCCAACAGGGCUGCCAGUAGGGGGAGUGGCAACAGCAAAGACAAUGCCAGAAACAACAACGUGGCCGAUGCAGUCUUCUUCCGCAGUUCGUACAAUGAUUACAGCAGCGAAUUCAAUGGGAGCGUUGUCAACAUUGACAUUACACUAACUGCAGUUGAUGUGCAUCCACGACAGCAGCAGCAGCAGCAGCAGCAGCCCCAGCAGCAGCAAACGGAUUUAAUUGCAAAUGGCAACAGCACGGCGGUGGCAAUGCCCGAAACAACAGCAGGAACGACGACGACAACAAUGGACCCACAGGCGAAUGACAAGAGAAGCAGCGUGGCCAUCAGUAGGGACACCCCCACAAGCAGCAGCCGCACCAACAGUCAGGAUCAACAUCAGGCGAGUGGCAGCAGCAGGAGCCCAGUGGUGCCACCGUAUACGCUGACAACGAUAAUAACAACAACGCCGCCGCUGUCACCAGGGCGUAUGUGUAAUGUUUUGGGCAAACUGUAUAAAAUUGGCGACAUUCUGCCGCAGGAUACGGGCAACUGUCUGCAGUGCAUUUGCACGGAUGCGGUGACGCCCGAUGAGAUGCCAAGCGUCACCUGCAGCCCACACAAUUGUCCGCCUUUGGUGCUGCCGGAUCUAUUCGAUGCGACUGGUUACUGAGGUUACGGUCUGGUGCUGUAAGCUUCCGGUUCACCGGGGAAAUGGCAGCAAUAACGGGAAUGAUGGCAUUGAUCAGAAACGUAAUCUUCGAUUGAGGCAAAUACCGUACAAUUCGAUUGAACAAAACCGUAAAGUUCUACUGAUAAAAAUCGUUGAAUUCGAUCGAUUAAAACAGUAAAAUUCGAUUGAUCAGAACCGUAAACUUCAACUGAUCGAAAACCGAAAUUAUCGUAAAAAAUUCGAUUGCAAAAGAGGAAGUAGCGCCCCCCGGUACUGCAGUCGAAAAGUCUCUCAAACUAAACUCAAGCAUAACAAUUGUAUGGAUUUCAAUGUAAAGCCCUCCCUAAACACGAGUGUCGCUCCACAGGCGCUCUCUAGAACUAUAACACAUAAACAUAUAUCUAAAUGAAACGAUUAUAUAUCAAACGAUCAACCAGGAGAGAGGGAGAGAGAGAGAUAGAUAGAGAGAUAGAUCCAUCGGGAUGUAGUUUAGUUUGUAAGCUGAAUAUUUAUGCAUUUUAUAAGAAUGCGAAGUAUCUCUCUCUACUCCUAAAUAGAUCAAAACACCAAAGACCCAAACCUACCAACCCAACCAUUGAUGUAUACAGCAGUAGAAAUUUUAAAGAAUUUAUAGAUGUACUUUCAGCAGAAAUAUAUACACCACAUACUAUACAUAUAUAUAAACAAAUCUAUAACUAUACGUAUCUACACCAAUAUCUACAUAUGUAUAACUACAUGCAUGUCUGUCUGUUACGAACUUUGCACACAAACAAGCAAAACAUUUCAUUUCAUGACUGAAACAAUGGAAGUGCAUGGAUUUUUUCACAAAACAUUUAAAGCUGGAAGGCAAACAAAAGGCAACUAAAAAACAACUAAAAAUCUAUAACGAACACAAAAACCAACAACUGAGGCAACUAAAAAAAUCUAUAACGAAAAAAACUGAACGAUGACAAAUAAUGAAUUGUGUGUAAUAUUUUAAUUUAAAUGUUAAACAAAAAAAAACUGCACAUUGUAUAACUUAUUUGCAUGCGAAUUUCGGUUUGGUUCUUUUUCAGAAGCUUCCUUUAGGCAUUUAAAUUUAAAUAUACGUAAAGAGGAAAAACGAAAACCACAAAGUAAAUAUGGAAAUUGUUUUAACACAGCUGAAACGAGCGUAGAGAACGACACCAUAUCGAGAGUAAAACUAACAGUUUUAAGAGACAA